AUGGUUGUUGCAUGGCUGGUGCUUCUAGACACACCGUGCACCUUUUUCCUGGGGGUCUUUGUCUGGGCUGUCUUUGAGCACUUCCUCACCAUGGGUGUCCCUUCUAUUCUGCAACAUCCUGCUGAGUUCUAAUUUCUGCACUUCACGUUCCCCUACAUGGUCACUUUGGGGAAUAUAUUUGAGAAGUUGGGGAUUUGCUCCAUACCCAGAUUUACACGUUUUUUGCAAGACAGCGUGAGAAUCAAGAAGGACUCUGGGCUUGUGGUAACCAACCUGCAUUUUGGGACCAUACCCUUGUGGCUGUUCCAGCCCAAGGUGGCCUCCCUCAGAGCCCAGCAAAGCAUCUUCUUGCAUGGAGGGGGCGCUGUAUUAGGGAGCCUGGACAUGUAUGCUUCUGUUCACUGCUUACUCCUCAGGUACAGCAAGCUUCCUGAUCACCAUCACCAUGCCAUUUUCUGUGCCUGCCUGAAAGCCUCUGUUCACUUCCUGAAGGCCCUGCAAAUGUACGGGGUGGAUCCCUCUUGGGUUGUGAUCUGCGGAGACAGUAUUGGGUCAGGGAUUGUGACCUUGACCUCUCAGAACUUGGUGGGCAGAUCUUACUUUCCUUGGAUCCUGGCCCAGGUCCUGAUUUAUCCCAUUGUCUAACUCAUCAAUUUUCAGCAGAAGCAACAUGUCCCGUUCCUCACCCGGAAGUUCAUGAUGACUUGCGUGUUUAAGUGUCUGCUUAACAACCUCUCUUGGGUUGCCAUCUUGAGUGGUGCUUUUAUUCCCCUGGAAAUCUGGAAGAAGUACAGGAAGUGGGUCAGCUUGGACAACAUACCCAAGAGAUUCAAGAAGACAGGCUACCGAUCCUUGUUUCCUGCCCCUUUCAAUGAGGAUACCUAUCUAGAAAACAAACAUUUGUUGGAUGUGAAAAAUUCACCCCUCAUAAUGGACAACGAGACCAUUGCCCAGCUUCCUGAGCCCUUCCUGGUGAGCUGUGCAUAUGACAUCCUCCGUGAUGACAUCUUGCUCUAUAAGAAGUACUUAGAGGACCAGGGGGUCCCCAUGACGUGGUACCACGUGGAGGAUGGCUUUCAUGGAUCUCUGAUAUUCUUUGAUAAGAAGCCUUUCCCUUUCCCAUGCUCCCUGAUUGUGAAUGCUGUAGUCAGUUAUAUAAAGAGCAUACUGUCACCAUGGGGCCCCAAGUAG